AUGGAAGAUGUGCGACGCUUUGAAGAAGGCCAGUGGCAAAUUGGGUCCGAAGCGGACAGCUUCUGCAAGGUCGAUUGGGUAGGCAAUGUCGGAUUUCAAAUUCUGCAGGCAAUGCACGUGUUGACGACUUCCAAACCAGACCAAUGCCCCUGGCAGCAUGUUGGUUUCGGAUGGGUAAGGCACAGUUUGGCAGAAAAUUUUGAUGGGCUUUAUGGCCUCAGUUUGGCCGCAACUUUAAACAUGGACUUUGAUGAAAUCAUGGUCACAAGCAACAACUGCUCCAGAUGGUUCAUCAUGAACCCUGCAACCUCCCAAAUCUGGAGCAAGGAUUUGGCUGGAAAAGGAAAUGUGUGUCCUGGUUGGGGCCGGUGUCGCUUGGGUGACAUGCUACGGUUGCUCAGCGGCCAGACAAUCCGAUGGUUCAUUUGGGUAAGAAAAACAAGCCAUCAGUGGGGAACUUGCGACUUUGUGGAGUCUGUGUUUGACACUUCCUGCGAGCCUCAACCAGAUGUAAAGUGGAGCAUUGGCUGGCCCGCGUACCUCGCGUUUUCGACUCUAAAACUGUUAAAGGCUUUGGAAUCCGUGGAAUCCGGUGCCAACGGUGCCAAAGUGACGAGCGUGCUGCAGCAAGUACGUCAAGCCGCAGGAGUGGUCAGAGGAUGCUUGCAACACACUAUUUGGGCACCUGCGAUUUUGAAACUGUUUUCCCGUCCGAUGCUCCGACCCUGGCGUUCCUUGUUGCAAGGAGCCAUCAACAUGACGGCCAUGGUCCCAUCUGCAAAUCAACCCUGGUAUGAUGAAGCCUUCCAGAGCUGCAAGACUCCCAGCCCUUGUUGGCGUCCGAUGGUGGGAUGGAUCAGCUUUGAGAGCUCUUGUUUGCUUUGCUGCAAUCCCUUCUUCGGUCCCAAAGGCUACUCAGAAUGCUUUACAGAACCCUUCACCUAUGAGUUGUGCUGCCAGGGAAAUCAGGGUGUGGAGGUGAAGCCCCGGAUGGAAUUGAAUGAAAGCAGUCUAACUACCUUGAUAAAUGCGGCGCCAAAGACGAGCAAGAAGGUUCACCACUGGCGUGGCAAGGUGCUGCCAGUGAAUUGGACCGAAGUCGAAUUGGAGGUCCUCCGCACUCAGAAACCAAUGCCAGAUGUCCAGGCGGAGGUCUUGUUGAAGAGAACGGCCACUGAGAUGAGAAGUUGGAUGGAUGAAGGACGUGGACAACGUGUUUGGCCUCAGGUCGACCUCUACGUCUCCCAGAAUGUGUUGACUGCAGCGGACACCUGGGUUUUGGCUGAGCCAGAUGCAGAUGGGGCCGAUUUGCUGUUCUCCAACGGCUAUCUCUGUGACCAGGGCUGUUGUCCUGCAAACGCCAGUGCUUGUGCGCUGCGGCAACGCUCCCAACCUGGAACCUUUGCAGCGUUGCCUUCCGAUGGGCCAGUUGAAAUUUGUGACUUUGGCGGCUCUGAUGCGGUAAUGAGGGCUCAUGCUGUUCAGUACGGAGAACUUCCUUUACCGAAAGGUGUUGCCUGUCCAAGAUCAAGCUCUGGGAGUGUUGCGGUGCUCUUAACCCAACCUGGUGCAAGCAGCGCUGGUCAUGCCCUCUCUGAAGCAAUCUUUUUGAGUUCGGUGCUUCGUAUGGCCCGACUUGGAGCCUUUCAACACAAGCCGUUGUAUGUUAUUCCAUCUUUGAGUCGGCUCUGGUGCUGUCACUGCCAGCAACUGGUGGAUGCUACAAGCUCUGGAGACUGCAUUCUCGAUUCAUUAAGUCCACCCAUAUCACCGAUGGACCCGAACAUGAAAGCGAGUAACCCCUUGGCUUACUUAGUCUUUCAGAUCGCCUUACGCUUUCUGCCAAAUCAAACCGUUUCGUGGUUCUCGCUCUUCAAGGACGAGGUCAAUGGAAAGGAUCCCAACUUCGCCUGUCCUCGGCGCUACGAUGCUGUGGUGCAGCCCUUCCGGUCCCUUGUGGGCGAUGCGUCCCUGCACAACGAAUUUCGACAGCAUGCUGCUGAGCUGUGUGGCCUACAGGAACCCCCAGCGGUGCCGAAAAAACGACGUUUGGUGCUGCUGAGGCGCACCAGACACAUGCGCUCCUGGGGUGAUGUGGAAGAGUUGUUGCAGGGCCUGUUGGCUUGGGCCAAGAGAAAUGACUGGCAGGUGGAGGUGCUGACGUUAGGUGACAUGGAGCCAUGUGAGCAAAUUGCAGCCCUCCAAGAUGCAUCGAUUGCUAUCACUGUGUACAGCACGGAGCAUCACCUGGCCUCAGCGUUUCUGCCGGAAAAAGCAGUUUUAUUGGUGCUGAACACCAAAGUCAAGGCUCGUCUCAAGAAGUUGGAGGAUCUCCGGGGCCCCGGGAUGCAGCGCAACGCCUCCGUGGCGCGUCGCUUCGUGGAACUCUGUGGUCCCUGGCGCGCCGCCGCAGAGGCAAGGGAGGCGAAGGAGGCCGACUCGGGCGGGUCGUGGGAGCCCGUGCUAGCGCCCUUCAUGGAUAACUCGGGGACGGCAGCGGCCAGGAAUUUGAUGUUUUAUGCUUUCAACAAUGUGACGUGCCACGUGCUGGCGACCUCCAAAAAAGUGGUGAGCCGAACACCUUGUGGAUCAGAUGACCUGCUGGUGACUGGUGCAGUGUCCACCCAUUGGGACGACCUGAUCCGGGUGGCUUCUGUGGCUGAGCAAAGAGCUGUACGAAAGUCAGGCUUCAAACAGAGCUGCAUUUUGCAUUUUGCACUGCUUUGCAGUGAGUCUACCCGCAUGGAUGCGCAAAAGGAAGGAUUUGGAGUCUUCGGCAACGAAGAUCUCCACGGCUAUCUGCGAAUGGCAGAAGUUGAAACUGGCGUGAACGUUGGAGUGAAUGAUAGCACCUUGGAUGAUCAUGCAGUUGCUUGGAAGAUCAACUGCACCAAACCUUUGCUGGCCAGCCUUGAUCGCGACAGUGAUCCAGAGAGUCCCUCGAGUCCAGGGCGUGCGAGAAGAAGAAGGUCUACUAUCGAUGGGGACGUGGAUGUGGUAAAACUCACACAGGGCACACAGGGCCGCAGCCUGGUCCUGCGGCCGCCCCGCAGUGUGGCCGGCAUCGGGGCCGCGUUUCUUUGUAUUCUAUUCGGUGGAUGUGUUGGUGCGGCAGUUGGCUAUUGGGGCCUGUAUUUGGAACCUCGCAUGCUGAUGUCUGAGGAAUGUGACUCAAUCACAACCAUCCAGCACUUGGGUUUGGACGCCAUGCACGUCUACAAGAUUUUGGAGAGCUUUUACUGUCAUAGUCUCCGGACGUCUACCUUAAUGGAGGUCCUGUGUCCUGCCGUUGUGGGUGUCGGAGGUGCAGUUGGUGCUUUACGAAUUGCUUACGGACAAGCAUACUUUAGCAAUUGGACAGACGAGGAAUCAAUGAUUGAACUGAAGAGGCUUUAUUCCUUACGCACGGUUGGAACGAAGUUUGUGCUCAGGUGUUGGCGAAUGCGUCUUUCGAUGAUUUUCUGCUUCCAAGUUGUGGUGAUGUUGUGGCUUCGCUACACAGUGGAUUUAGCAAUGGACAUCGAAGCGAUGAGGAUUUUCUUGGUACAUAAGCAGCCGUGGUUCUUCACCUUGAACCUGCUUGGCGUUUUCCUGGGCCUACUGUGGACGGCGUAUGAAUUCUACAUCGUUAUAACCACACCUGGAGCCAAGAUCGUGAAGACUGAGAUUUUUUUUGCGGGGCUCACCCUGCCAUUGUUGGGCCAGCAUGUCACGUAUUUGGCGAUUCUCUCGCUGUAUACCGGCAUGCUUCAUCCCUUUCUCUUCGUCUCCACCUUGGCAGAGGCCAUUUUGGAAUCCUCCAUCUCAUCCUUUAUUCAGACCUAUGCUGUGGUCUUCACACCCUUGACUUCGGCACAGAAGACUCAGCUGUACAUCUCCAUCUUUUCGUCUUUUAUUUCCAUUGGUUACGCCUUCAGCACCAUAGAUCUGUUUCAGGGCGGAAGGAUGUUGGUGAAAGUGCCUGGAUACUGCAAAAGUUUUAAUGGCCGCUUUGCCACGGUGCUCCUCUUCCGGGUGGCAGAAAUCACUUCCCGUGCUACGUCGCUGGCUCUCUUUCAAGCGGUGACACGGCCGUAUGGCAUGUUCGUGGUCAUCGCAGCAGAUGGCAUUAUAAUGUCAGUCGUGACAAUCUUCUUCCAGUGUCAAGUGGCCAAGUUUGCACCCAUCGAAGGCUGUUCUUUCGUUCGUCAAAACUUUUUCUAUGUCAUCCCGUCGGUGCUCUUUUGCCGCAUGGCGCCCAUAUUGGAGAAAGACACAGUUAUCACCGUGCCACCAGUGGUCUACUAUGCCAUCAGGUACCUAGAACUGGGGGCCAUGGUGGCUGUGGCUGCCGAGUUUCUGGACUGGGACCUGGAGGAGGCAAAGCAUCUCUUCGAGGACGAUGGAUUCAUCGUAGCAGCAUUUGUUCUCAGUACCUUGGUGAUGCUGGUCCUUGGCAUCAUCAUCAGGAGCUUCCUCAGUGUUCGAACCUUGAUGGACAGCUCUGUGGAGAUCUGGAGUGAAGAUGAGUUUAAUCAUGUGCAGCAUGCAUUGAAGAAUCGUGUCCUCGAGGAUCAUGCUGCAGACCCGAAGGCGAUGAAAGUCGUGACCAAAAUCUUGGAGCAAAAUCCCACUUUCACAAGCUCCGAGUGCCAUGCAGUAGCCAAAGAAGCAGGCUUCCCAUCAUCUGCGCACUGGGAUUCCAACUUUCUGAGAGCCAAGGUGGUGCUGAUUAUCAAGCAGGCUUUGCAAGCUGUGGAAACCUUUGACUUCACACGCGCUCCCAACCGCUUCAGAAGCACUUUGAGCUCCAGGUCGCUGGUCUCCAUCCGCUCCACUCGAUGCACCCUUACAUGUAACAGAGAUUCAUCGAUCGUUGGUCAAAUGUCUACAGAUGAAUCAAAGCAGAAGUUUGUACUUGAGUGUGUGGAUCAGUCUGAGCGAUUAACGUCAGGGCAGACUUUCCAGUUGAGAGCUUUGACCAGCGGCCACCUGAUUGGAUUGGUGAAAACAGAGCCAUUGACCUACGAGCUUCGUGCACAGUCCAAAUGGGAGGAUGAAGCUGCAACUUUAUUUUCUGCCCUUCUGGUGCAUCAGGAAAUUUACAGGUCCGCCAAGGCCUUUUUAGACUUGGUCCACAUGGGAGCUGACUUGAAUGUGGGCGAGCUUCAUCGGGCCAAGGGACGGAAGAGACGGCUGAGCCUCAAGGACUGGGAUCCUCUGGGCUGGAAGAUUUACAGCAUCAAUGGGAAACUCGCAACCAGAGAAGUUGUAGAUGAGAUCCUGGAGAAAGGUAGAGGAUCCACUGUGGCACGGACGUACUCCAUGGAUUCGCAGCUGGACGCAGUUGAAAACAGCAAUGCCUUGGCAAAGUCUUUGCGCCCGGGAGCAGAAGCGGCAGCACGAGGGGAGUACAUCGUGCAAUUUGUCAGGAGAGAUUCCAAGACUACUGUGAUGGCUGGGAGCGAGGUGCUGUUGCAGCAUGCAGCUGGUUGGACGGAGGCUCACAUGGGUAUGUCCGAAGGUUUCAGCAAUGAGGACGCUGAAGGAGAGGCGGUGGAUCGGGUGAUCAAGGCCGUGUUUGUCGAGGGUGAAUCGUUUCAAGGUGGACUGGCCUUCACCUUGGAGCCAGCCGAAUACGGCAGCAAGGAUGAUCCCAGCAUCUAUCAAUGGACAGCAGGGCUCAUUGGCACCCUUUCAGACACGGUCCAGCUUCAGCAGUCCUUUUCUGAGAAGUAUCGCACCAUGACCCUCGUGGCUUGCAACGCUCGAUCCCUUGGUUUGGACCACGUGACAGGAAUUUUGCAAGCAGAUCAUGACCUGCAUUUGCGCAUCUUCUUGAGCUUGAUGCAGCCCAUACUUCAGGACAUCCGUGUGGAGUACAACUUCGGCGAGGAAACUCUGGACGUUGAAUUCGAUGUUGAUGAGGCAGCUGUCAACAAGCCAUUGGUCGUGGCAGGAUUCCACGUCGACGAUGAAGAUGAACUGACGCCUGCGGCGAGUGCUGGGGUUCAACUUGGAGACCAGCUGCUGAUGGUCGAAGUCACGGAGCUAGACGGCAGGAUGAAGAAGAUCACGAAUUUCCAAGAGAUGCGUCAACUCCUGGGCCUCAGCGACAGUGAAGCCACAGCUGUGGCUAUGACGCUGACCUUUGGGUCCCAGAGUCGCUGGAAGACCGAGGAGAGUAAUGAGACAGUGAAGAAAGCCGUCGCGCAGGCUGAAAGCAUCUCUGAGCUCCUGCCGACGUGGCAGGAGAUCAAAGAAGGUGCCAAGAGGUGUCUGGAGAGACGCGACUUUUCGAAUCUGAGGGAAGCAGUGAUGAGCCGGGCCUUCCUCUUCCGUGCCAAAUGUGAUCUCGUCCAAGCGUUGGUGACAGCAGGUUUUGCGUUGCACCAUGAUGUCUUCGUUUCGAAGGCGUUGCAGCUUCACAAACGCUUCGAGCCAGCAACGGACAGGGAGCUCCAGAACUACUUUGAAGGUCGGGACAACCUGCAGCUGCGUGAUGAAAUCCUGAUCGCCCAACUAGAUGUGCUCACAAAUACUUGGCGCUCACUUCCCCAGAUCAUCAAGGAGGAUGUUCCAGAGGUGCUGCGAAGCCUUUUCCGUCCUGAGGUAGAGAUCGUUCUGAUUCGUGAAGCCGUGAAGGCGUUGGAAGAGAAGUGGAGAAUAGCCCGAGGAAGCAACUCCAAAGACGAAGACCAAAAUUUGAAGAUGCCUGAGGAACUGGUUCGAUUCUUCAAGUACAUGCGCCCUGCCACUGAUGAGUCCACUGGGCAACGGGAGCUCUCUAUGGUGUGGAUCAUUAAAGCCUGGUCAGUGGAGAAGAUGAGGCAGAGAGAGGUGCAAAAUGAUGUGGCAGCAAUAACUGGCAUCUAUGAAAAUGCUGAAAGCUUCUGGGAGCAUCGAGUCAAGAAUGCUCAUAAGCGAGCGGAAGAGGCUCAAGAGUUGCUGGAGAGGGCAGUGCAAAAGGAGGUGAUUCGUGUUGUGCUGUGCUCGUCCAUCAGCGACCUGGAGAAGGUACAAGCGAUGCUUUCAGAAAGUCUGAUGCUCACGAAGGACUGCAAGAUAGGAGAUUCCGAGAAUGUUCCGAAGGGAAAGUGCUUGGUUUGGAGUCAGGGCAUCGUGCGGGAGAAGUUCAAGCCCUUCGAGAGCUCAAAAGGAGCGCCAGAUUUGGCAAGGAUCCGCAGGGAGCUUCCCAGUCUUUACAACGGCAAAGAUGUUCGUUUGUUGUUCAGUGGCCUGGACUUUGACCGACAGCACGAAGAGUCGCAGCGAGCGCUGGAUAGCCUGCAGAAGUACAUUGCCAUGGCAAAGACUGCAGGCGAAGCAUUUCCAAGCAUCAAGCAGAUUGUGGACGACCUGUCGGAUGUACUGCAUAAGAGCCAGCUGUUCAAGAAAGACCAGGAAGCCAAGCGCAAGCUGUUCCUCAAGGAACGGGAGCUGCAAGCGACCAUGCAAGUGGCCGAACGGCGCUUGCAGCAGGUGGAGAAGGAGAAGCGAGAAAUUGAAGAAAAGAACCGAAAGCUUCAUGAAGAGAAGGGAAAGCUUGAAGUGGACACAAAGAAUGUCCGUGAAGAAUUGGGCAAAGUGCUGGAAUCCGUCGCUCUGGAGCAUGCGAAGCUAAAGACCCGGGUGAAGGAGCUGGAGACUGAAGAGAAGAAGCUCAAGGAUGCCAACGCGCAUCUCUGGGCAAAGCAAAAGACCAUGAAGGAUGCUCUGCAGAAAGCAGCGGAUUUUAUGCGGGCUUGGGUUGCAACAGGUGCUCCAGACACCGACGUGGACUCCAUCAUCCAGCUGGUCACGGAGAGCUCAAAAUAG